AUGGAGGGAGCUUUGCAAGUUCCAAUAAUUGAUCUUAGCUCUAUAGAUCUCACUGAUUCACUCAAGAAGGCAUGUAUUGAGAAUGGAUUUUUUUACCUUAUAAAUCAUGAGGUAGAAGAUGAUUUGAUUCGACGAGUUUUCGAUGGAAGUAGAGGAUUUUUUGAUCUAUCAAUUGGAGAGAAGAUGAAGGUACUUCGCAAGAAUCAUAGAGGAUAUACACCAUUUUAUGAUGAGAAGCUUGAUCUUGUUGACAAUCCUAAAGGGGAUCCAAAAGAAAGCAUAUAUUUUGGAGCACCUGAAGACAUAUCACCCUAUGGUAGUCUGAAUCAGUGGCCUCCCGAAGAAAUUUUGCCAUGUUGGAGAUCUACAAUGGAAGAAUAUUACAGAGUUAUUCUGAAUCUUGGUAAAAGAGUACUCUCACUCAUUGCUCUAGCUUUGAAUGUGAAUGAAGAUUUCUUUGAAAAAGUUGGUGCUUUUAAUCCUCCCGGGGCUCUUCUUCGUCCUAUGCAUUAUCCAGUUGCAGAUGAAAUAAAUUAUUGUGCUCAAUAUAUGCAUGGUUGUGGAGCUCAUACAGAUUAUGGAAUGAUAACUAUAUUAAUCACCGAUGGUGUUCCUGGACUUCAGGUUUGUAGAGAUAAAUUACAGAAACCUCAGAUUUGGGAAGAUGUGUCUCAGUUGAAUGGGGGAUUCAUUGUAAAUGUUGGAGAUAUGAUGGAAAGGUGGACAAAUUGUUUGUUUAAGUCAAUAUAUCACAGAGUAACAAAGCCAGAACAAGAACGUUAUUCGGUAGCGAUGUUUUUCGAUCCAAGUCCAGAUUGUGUUGUGGAAUGCUUGAAGAGUUGCUGUAGUGAAUCUUCUCCUCCUAGGUUUCCUCCAGUUCGUGUGGCAGACUACUUGAAGGAACAUUACAACAUUACAUAUGGCUACCAGUAAAUAUGUCUCUAAUAUUAAGGAGCUUUUCAUGUGUGCCGAAAAAUAAUAUGGAAUGGCUUGACUUUUAGACAGUUUUAUCAUUUACUUUCAUCCUUUUGUUUUUCUUUCUUUCUUUCUAUAUCCUUCGUGAAAUUCAUGUCUGCUCACUCUAUACGUUCAAAUAUUAC